GGUACCAGUCCGAAAGCUCAGUUCGCCACCUUUUCCAACUUGUUUCUUUACGGUAUAGUUUUAUUUGAGUUAACAGUGUUUAUUUUCUUUGUCUGUUUUUUCUCUGACGAAAAAAAGUUUGCCAUGAUUUUGCUACUGCUGGCAGCGUUCUUGCACCUGGUCUUCGGAGAACCAAUUGUGUAUUUCAGAGAAGACUUUGACGAUGGAGAUACAUGGCAGACAAGAUGGAUGGAGUCAAAGAACCGAACUGAUUAUGGUCAAUUCAAGCUAACUGCUGGGAAAUACUAUGGGGAUCCUGAAAAGAAUAUUGGCAUCCAGACAUCCGAAGAUAACAAGUUUUAUGCCGUAGCCACAAAGUUUGAUCCAUUUACUAAUGAUGGCCAGGUUCUGGUUAUUCAGUUCUCUGUAAAACAUGAACAGAACAUUGAAUGUGGUGGCGGAUACCUCAAGCUGUUUCCAGCCAGUCUAGUCCCAGAGGAGAUGCAUGGAGAAUCUGUGUAUUACAUCAUGUUUGGCCCUGACAUAUGUGGACCAGCUGAUAAGAAAGUCCAUGUCAUCUUCCGCUACCGGAACCUGAACCACUUGCUGAAAAAGGAGAUUAAAUGCAAGGAUGAUGGAUUAACGCAUUUGUAUACACUAAUUGUGCGUCCUGACAAUACUUACAAAGUGAAGAUUGACAACAAAAAGGUGCAGGCAGGCAACAUGAUAGAUGACUGGGAUUUAUUUCCCCCUAAAAUCAUUAAAGAUCCAAAUGCAAAGAAACCUGAUGAUUGGGAUGAAAAUGAAGAGAUUGACGACCCAAAUGAUGUGAAACCUGAGGGCUGGGAUGUGCCAGAAGAAAUUCCUGAUAGAAGUGCAAGGAAACCAGUUGACUGGGAUGAUGAAAUGGAUGGUGUGUGGGAGCCUGCAAUGAUUCGAAAUCCAGCCCACAGGGGUGAAUGGAAACCACGUAAAAUUGAAAAUCCUAACUACAAGGGAAAAUGGGUUCAUCCAGAAAUUGAGAAUCCUGAGUAUAUACCUGAUUCCCAUGUUUACAGAUACUAUAACAUUGGUGCAAUUGGCUUUGAUCUGUGGCAGGUAAGAGCUGGCACAAUAUUUGACAAUAUCCUCAUCACAAAUGAUGAAAAGCUCGCUGAGAAGAUAGGUGCAGAGACGUGGGGAGCAACCAGAGAAGCAGAAAAGAAGAUGAAGGAAAAACUUGAUGAUGAAGCAAAGAAACGUAAAGAAGAAGAGGAGAGGAGAAUAAAGGAGGAACUGAAGAAGGCACAGGAGGAAGAAGAGGAGGUUGAGGAGGAAGAUGAUGAAGAACAGGAGGAAGAAGAUGAUGGGAGUGAAGUGAAAGUGGAGAAAGUCAGUGAAGAUGGGGAGACAACAGCAGACUCCAGUAACAAAGAUGAACUAUGAAAAAAAUGGAAACAAAUAGGUUAUCCAUUAAGUUACCUACCAGCUCUUUUUCUGGUAUAAUCAUUAAACAGUUUUACAGUGUGAAGAUAACUCAGAUCGAUUUACAGACAUUCCUAUUUUUAUUAUGUAAUGUAACAGUAUGGGUUAAGACUAACAGUAAACUGAAUGUCACCAGUGUGGGACUAGACCAUAACUGAUCUCUGAGUUCUGUACCUCCUCCUAAAAUUAACAAUUAUGAAGAUUGUGUAACUUAACACGUCAGGCAGCAAGUAGAAAGUAAGAGGCUGUGAGGUAGGGAGCAUAGAUUACAUGGAUCUUUACCACGUCUUUUUUUAAGGAUUUUAUUUGUUUGAAGUAUGUUAAUAGCUAGGCCAAACUGUUGUGCUCUAUCUCUCUUCACUUUGUGCAUUGAACUAAGUUUUGCAGAUUUCACUCUGUGCUUUAAAUAGUAAUUUUAUGUCAAGAGCUGAUGUUUUUUUGUGGAAUUAAUUCUAGAUAUGGUAUAUGUCUAUUAGUUAUUAGCAAACAAUGCAAAUCUUUUUGGAACCUUUUAACUAUUUCAUAAUGUUAUGCCCUUUUUAUGGACAGAGGUUUUGUUGAAUAAAUUACUCUCAGCAGUGCAGCACAAUGAAGAUGUGUUAAAAUACGACAUGCUGAACAUUGUGCUCUAAACACAAACCUGCAUUCUAACAAACCUUUUCAGGCACAUAUAUACAUUAGCUUUAAAGACAGAAUCAUAAAACUGUUAAAACUUGCUACCAGGUGUAAUGACAGUAAUUUAUGUUUUUAUAUGUAUUUUUUAAAUAUAC